AUGCUAAGACAAGGCCCCUUCCUUCUCCUGGCUGCGUCCAUGUCGUAUUUCAACCCAGAGAAAGCUUUGGCAGCGCCUUCGGAAAACGGUGAGUCUUCUUGGCAGGUUGCGAGGGCUCCCAUUCAUCUGUGACAGUGGCCACCCCUCCUUGCCUUUGCCUCCCUCGCCUCCACCAUCUGUGGCCACCUGUUUGUGUGAUGGGUUACCUGCCCAAAUUAGACAACCAUCCCACUUUCAUGUGUGCAAAGCUGGGCACGGCGGCAGGGCUUGCGGGAUUUCUCGCUUCCCAAACAAGAGGCUGGCGGUGUUUUCUGGGUUAAUAAAUUCCAUUCCAGAGAGAAGGCUGGGAUUCCUGUACAGACCAAAUUAAUCAUUGCUGGUUUUCCUCAGAUGCCUAUGCCGGCGGUGUUUGCUGGUUGACUGGAUUCCCCCCACCCCUUCUUCCUUUCCGACCCUGGCGAGGGAAAUUGAGUAGACCUGGAGGGGCUGAAGGAGUGGCAAACAAGAAUAGAAGUUAUUUGGGGUGUGUGAGAACAAAUAUGUUUUUGUACAUGGUGGGGCCCAUGAUUAGAGCACAGCAGCAAAGAUCUGGGAUUAGUGUGUGAAGAAAACAAGGAAUGUGUGUGUGUUUUUGUGUGUGUGUGUGUGUGUGAGAGAGAGAGAGAGAGAGAGAGAGGUGGGGAGGGGUGGGCGUGAGGUCUGUGGCAUCUUGAAUAUAUAGCAUGAAGCCACAUUUGGUCUGGCAGCCAUCUGGAGAGAGCGGCGUGACUCACUAUGGAUGUGCCCUUGGCACAAGGGUCUGGUGGUGGUAGAGUUUUGUGGGAAUUGGCAUGUGCUGUGAGACUGCUGAAGUGCUGGAAGGGCCGGCAUGCCUGAGAUAGAGAAGGUACUUGGGGCCUGAAGGGGGUUGUGAAGAUGAGCUGGAAGGUAGAGAGGAAGGUAGAGGUGUGUGCGUAAGGGACGAAAAGCUGAAGGGAAGGGUGGGUGGAUAUGUACUGAUGGAUCGUUCAGGUAAGAGUAAGUGACAGGACCUCAUCCACUGCUUACCCUUCUGUAAAAUGGGAGCAAUAAAGACUUUCCUCAUAAUGUUAGCUUGUGGGGUGUUUACAAGUGUGUGUGUGUGUGUGUGUGUGUGUGAGAGAGAGAGAGAGAGAGAGAGAGAGAGGGUGCGGUGGGGGACAGAGGUCACACCCACACCAUACAUUUAAAGCAUAUGACUCCUCACAGAGCUACAAUUCCCAGCACCCUUAACAAACUGCACUUCCCAUGAUUCCUUGGGGGAAACCAUGCUCUUUAAAUGUAUAGUGUGGCUGCGGUCAGAGAUUAGGACAAGGGAACAUUGCUUGUGGUUUUACUGGAAGUCACUGCCUGGCCUGUUGCGUGAAACAGGAUGUUUGCAUUGGAUCAACUUUUGGUCCGAUCCGAUAGGGUUCUUGUUUUCUGUGAGACAGAAAUAAUCACAAAGAUUAGUUCCUCGCAGUGAAUUCUGAAACACUGUUGGAUCAAAAGGCCUGUCAAACAGGCCAGGAGUUUUAUCUUCCUUAUACCCUUAAAGGACAUUCAAAAUACAUUCUUUUCAUCAAAGAAUUCUAAGCUUUGUAGUUUACCCCUCAUGAGUUGCAGUUCCCAGAAAUCCUUAAGAAACUACACUGCCUCAAAUUCCUUGAGGGGGAGGGGAAUGUGCUUUAAUGUGCUUUAAAGCUCUAGUGUGUAUGCAGCUUUGGGCAAAUUCAAUGUUAUUCUUGACAAAGUAGCUAAUGAGUUUUAUUUCAGGAUCCUGUCACCCCUACUGUUCCAACAGCUGGAAAGUUUUUUCCUGAGUUAUAAUCAAAGCCCUUUCUCUUUCUCUUGCAAAGUCAGUGUGUUCCCUCAUGUACAACCCUUCCAAUAUUUCCCUCUUUUUCACCUCUCGUUCUAUACAUGCUCUGGUGCCAUACUGCAGGCUGGAGUGGUGGGACUCAGGCUACCAUUGGCUUACUUGCCAUGAUGUCACCUGGAGGGUAGGGCGUCCUGGGUUGAGACCUUGGACCUUUUUGGCCCAGAUGCUUUGUUCUGCAGACAAGGGCAGAUAAAUCCAUAGGGAAACAAAUGAUUGUUCUAGUAGCCCAUUUAGGGACAGGCUAAUCAAGGCCAUUUGGGUGAUGUCAGAAGAAGCAGUUUGGUGGGAAGUCCCAUGACUUCAUGAUGGGCUCGGGACAGAGGAUGUGACAUUUCUCUUUGCUUCAUCAAGAAAAGUCUAUGGGCUCACCACAGACUGUUUGCCAGGCUUCUCUUAAUGUAGGGAUUCAUAUAUUUUUCCUGGAAAAUCCAGCUGGAUUUCCAUUUCUGGUAUAACUUUUUCCAUGUAACCACCCCCAAGCCUUUAGAAAAGAGACACCUCCAACUAGAGGAUUAAACUGGUUUAACGGUCAAUUCCCAUUCCUACAAAACCCUGGGAAUUGUAAUUAUUUUGGAGGAAGGGGCUAGACACCUCAGCAUCUUCACCAAACUACAGUUUCCAGAAUUCUUUUUUUUUGGGGGGGGGGGGGAGUAAUGGCAGUUAGAGAGGUAUAAAACAGUUUAUAUAACCAUAGCAGUAUAUUGACUGUUUUAGUUUGUUUCAGUUUUAGAUCUGAAAAAUACAUCUGCACAGUUUAGAGUUCUGCUUCUGAGGCACCAAAUGGACAGGUGGUUGGCAGUGAAUGGAAAGUGGGAUGGAUAAAGUAAUUGACAGGGAGUUGGUAAAAAGUUUCCAUUGGGGAAGACCCGGCCUCAGAACCCAGCAUGUCAGGGCAAAUGUCAGGACCUUCCUGGAUGGGUGCCACCAUUUUGCCUAAGCAUUUUGAUAGGGGAGCAACUGCUGCCACAGCCAUCUUUAUCACCUAGAAUGUCUCUAGGCCUCAAGUCCAUGGAACCCAAAGGCAUUCUGAGGGGAGGGAAAGAUGUGGCAGCUAUAGCUGCUUUCCUCAGCUGCUGGUAACCUUCUGGGGUGUCCAAGUAAGGUUGUGGGGAGUGAGAAUUGGUAGGGAUGGGUGGUGGUGCUGAGCCCAGCACGCAGCAGAGCAAGUGGCAAGGCACUGGUGUCUUCAUUUGUCUGGAAAGACCCACCAGCAUGGCAGUGUGGAGGACUGGAGGAAAAGCUUGCUGAGGACCCAUUCACACUGGGCGCUGUAGGGCUAGAUGUCAGGAGGUCUGCAUGUGGGGAAAAGAGGAGACUGGCGUCACGUGGCUGGGAGGGUAAGUAGUACUGUAGUUUGUUAAGAGGAUGAGGAGUGGAGGAAUGUUUAUGAUGAUGAAUGGAAGGAACGGUUUCUGCCCUGGUCUAGGGAAGUGUGUAGCCAGAUUUGUGGUGGAACCGGAUUAAACACGAAAUAACAGAUGACUGGAGAAUGGUGCUGUAGGUCCUGAACAGAUGUGUAAGGGCUGAAACCACAGAGAAUUUGUUUACAUUUGGGGGGUUGAAAAACACACACACACACACACACACACACACACACCUGACAUCUGUCCUCCAUUCUCUCUCAUUGACUGCAUCUCAGUCCCAAGAUGUAGAAUUCUGGAAGAAAAUUUGAAUGCUUGCUUAUUUACUCUCACUCCCGGUCCUAGCGUUAGGCAGAGUGAGGCGGCUGCCUCAGGUGGUGGAUGGUGGAAGACAGGCAAUGGCAGCGAGGUGUUGGACAAAGCUGUGUGUUCCCUAGGGGUUUCUCUGCACCUCCUAAGCAUGUACGCUGCCCUCAGGCAAGGUGGAGGAGGCUAGCCUGUCGCCUGUCUUCAGCUCUCAGGCUGCAUAUGCACCAUGUCUUUAAAGCACAUUGAAAGUACAUUGAUUCCCCCAAAGAACCCUGCGAAUUGUAGUUUACCCCUCACAGAACUAUAGUUCCCAGCACCCUUAACAUACUGCAGCGCCCAGGAUUCUGCGUGGGGAAGCAAGAUGCUUUCAAUGUGUGAUGUGUGUACAACCUAGUCUCAUUUCUUCUAUACAAGUAAUAGGAGGGUGUCAUCUUGUAUUUUGCCUUGGGCAACGAAAAAAGUUUGGGUCAGCCCAGCUGCUUUGGCUGAUUCUUAUAAAUGCCAUAUUAUGGGUUGUGGACAAACCUAGCUUUUGACAUUUUAAAAUGUGCUUUAGAGAAAGACCCUGUCCCCUUUCUUCCUCUGCCUCUUGCCUCCCCUGCAGAUGGUUUGUCCCAAGGCCGGGCUCCCCUGGCCCCUCCCUAUGCUGUGGUCCUGAUCUCCUGCUCAGGCUUGCUGGCCUUUAUCUUCCUCCUCCUCACCUGCCUGUGCUGCAAGCGGGGCGAUGUGGGGUUCAAGGUGAGCCUGGUUGUGGGGAUUUGAGGUGGUCAUGGAAUGCUUUGGGGAAGGGAUGUUGUUGUUGUUAUUUGCUGAAAGGCAUUUGUGGCUUGUAUUCUGUGAAGCUAAACAGCAUCAUGGAUUGGAGUGUACAGUUUCCUAAGCAAAACCUAUAGCCCUCCCAUUAGUCCCUGAAGGUCAGGGAUGAUGGGAGUGACACAAGUUCCCCAUCCCUCAUGUUGGUGAGAAGACCUUGUACCAGCGGUUAACCACAUUGGGCAUUUCCUGUGGGCCCAUUACUCUAAAGUGCUCCUCACCAGCCUGAUCUGCUGCCCAGUAGCUCACCAUUGGGUCCAGCUCCACCCCAUAGCAGUUGGCUAGCAACCUCCACCUCCUUGCUUGGGCACUGAGAAAGGGGCCAAAGGGUCCUUCUUCUCAGAUUCUGGCAUUCUUGGUGAGAUGGCUAGGCAUUGCCUGCGCUAGUGCGGUUUGCUGUGAUAGCUAAAAAGGCUUUUGAAAAUCAUUUAUUUUUUUGAAAAAGUUAAUAAUCAUAGACUUGUACAGUUGGGUCCAAGAGAAUUGUCUAGUCCAACUCUCUGCAAUGCACGAUUCUUUUGCCCAAAGUGGGGCUCGAACCCACAACCCUGAGAUUAAGAGUCUCAUGCUCUAUUAACUGAGCCUCAAGAGUAGAAAGGAGCGCCAAAGGUCAGUCCUCUGUGUUUAAAAAGUCUUUCGAGCCGCCAUGGCAAACCACAGAAGUGACGGCAGAGGCAUUCUCCAGGCCACCACAUCACCAAAAUGCUUGUCUCUAUAAAAGAUGUCUUUGGCCCUUUCUCAGAGCCCAGGUGCUGAGGGAGGUGCCAGCGAAGCUGUUAUUGUAGCCGUGAAGAAUGUUUUUAAACAGGAUUAAGAGAGACGUCAAGGCAGAAGGGAAGAGGAGGGCGGCAGUGUUGUCCCACAAAGGGGAAGAUCAGGUGCAGCAGGGGUAACUCUGUGAUGAUGGUGUUGCAUUGGCCAUGCCAAGGUCCCCAUUAAGCCUGGCACCAGCCCUGUUGGUGGGUUCUGACGCUUGGGGAGGGCAAGGCCAUGGGGAAACACUGAGGUUGCUAAUUCAGGCAACAGACUGGGAAAUAUUGGGGGAACCAGCAGAAUAUCUUAUCAUCCUUACACUCACCUCUGCCCACCUGGCAGGAAUUUGAGAACCCUGAUGGAGAAGAAUAUUCUGGAGAAUACACACCACCUGCAGAGGAGACGUCCUCCUCUCAGUCUAUCCCGGAUGUCUACAUUCUGCCUCUCUCAGAGGUCUCUCUCCCGUCCUCCAACCAGCAGAUGCCCAAAACAGGUAAGAUUCAUUGCAGAGGGCAUGCAUGCACCUGCCUGUCUCUUUAUUUGCUGAUUUGCUACUGGGUUAGGUUCAAGGUACUUGUGUUUAUCCACAAAGUCCUAAACAACUUGGGCUCAAAGUGCCUUGGGGACCACCUGAUUCCUCAUGCUCCACCUUGAUCACUGGGAUCCUCUGAUGGGGCCCUUCUGGUGGCUCCCCAUGGCCCUAAGGAUCAGUUGGCCAUCUCUAGGUCCCAGGCCUUUUGUAUGGCAGACCUUGCCCUGUGGAACUGCCUACAAAUGGAGGCUUGGCAAGAACCAUCCCUCUCUUCCUUCAGACGUCGUUUGAAAACUUUUUCUUUUACAAUAUUCCCCCCUCCCCUCGUAGCCAGCCAGUAUUAAUUGAUAUUUAUUGCUGUUAUUAUGGCUCUUCUGAUUUUACCCUUAUAUGUGUACUCCGCCUAGUUCUAUUUUUAUGGAAGUGUGGAUUAUAAAUUUGUAAAAAUAAACAAACAAAUCCCACACCAGCUUGGCCCCAUACAGAUGGCAGACAAGCUAGAGGAGGAAUGUGGAGCUUUUGGUCCUUCAGACGCUGUUGAACAACAACCUCCGCCAACCCUGGCCAUUUUCUGUGUUUGCUAGGGCUGAUGGAAAUUGUAGUUCAGCAACAUUUGGAGGGCCAAAGGUUCUCCAUUCUUGCCCGGAAUGAUAGGUGGCCUACAAAGGGAGAAGCAGCGCUCAUUAUAUUUGCCAGGAAGCUGGUACUAUCCUGCCCCAUCAGCUGCUGCUGCUAGCUUAUGUCCCAGUAGCUUGUCUAUUAACUUUUGAACGUGGGGGGAAACGAAGUUGGGAGGUUCAUGCUCAAGUCAUCGGGUCAUGUCAUUGACUUCUGUUACUGCCACGCUCUGUCUCUCUUUCAGAUCUAGUUAAACACUUGGGACUCAGCAGACAACACCUCAGUUAUUUGCAGGAGAUUGGAAAUGGCUGGUUUGGAAAGGUGAGCAAAAGCUUGUUGUUGGGGAUGUGAUUUUUGUUGUGGGACCCAAGGUUCUUUCCUGUGGGCUCCAGUUUUAUUCUCAGGGAAUAUGAAGAGCCACUGUAAGUUUAAAAAUAGCAAUAAUCUGAAAUAUUAUUAUGCAGCUAACAGCAACAACAACAGAGUAACAGGACACUUAUGUAAUGCAGAUGCACAAAAUGAAACAACAGUAAAUAAAACAACAACCAUGGUUACAUCCACGCCAUAUAUUUUAAAGCACAUGGCUUCCACCAAAGGAUCCUGAGAAGUGUAGUUUGUUAAGGUUGCAGGGAGUUGUAGCUCUGUGAGGGGUAAACAACAGUUCUGCAGAUUCUUAUGUCCUUUAAAUGUGCGUUAAAUGUUCUCUAACUGUGUAGUGUGGGUGUGACCAGUCAAUUGCACAAUACAGGAAAAAUAAAUAAAUCUCAAUAUUGGGUGGAAAGGAUAAAAGAAAACCUACAGCCAUCUUACAUUUAAAUAACCAGGAUCGAGAAGGUCCUCUCUCUCCAGUUGCCACCUGCCUAAAUUUAGAUUAGAGGGACAUAGAGAGAAGCCUUCAAAAAUGAACAGAAGGUUCAGUGAGUCUUGUGUGGUAAAAGGCGGUAUCCGGACACAAAGCUGGGUAGGGCUUUAUAGGUAAUUACGAAUUACCUUUGAAUUGUGCCCAGAAAUGAACUGGCAGUCAGAGUGGCCCUGUAACAACUGGCGAGAUGUGUUCUGUUUAGUUGGUUCCAGGCUGCAUACAUAUCCCUGGCUUAAAUUGCUCUCAGGUCAUUCUUUUUCUGAACUCUGAAGCUAGUUUGGAAGAGAAAAAAAAUGGAUGUGCAAUGUUUCAUAAGAAAUGACAGGAUAGUUAUGGAUCAUGCCCAAUGUUGUGUGGACACCGCUUCCCUAAACCAGUGGUAGGAUCACACUGGAUGGGAGCGUGUGUUCACAGCUCUGGUUAGUAACCGUUUCCCCCCCUGUUCCACAGGUAAUCCUGGGUGAAAUAUUCUCAGAUUUCACCCCUGCACAGGUGGUAGUGAAGGAGCUACGGGUGAGUGCUGGGCCACUGGAGCAGAGGAAAUUCUUGUCAGAGGCCCAACCAUAUCGGUAAGAAGCAGGAGAAACUGAAGCGGGAGGAAGAAACAAGGGGCAAAAUAUCCCCAUAUAAACAGCUACCUUAUUUUGAGGCGGCUGCUGCAGAGCUAAAGCUGCCCAUGAUUCCAGUAAGUGUUAUAACUCAUGCCAGUCUCCCCAGUAGCCUAUCAUCAUGUAAUAGGGAAACGCUAAGUGAGACUCCAAUAACACAAUUACAGUCGUACCUUGGAAGUUGAACAGCUGAGUUCCCAAACGUUUUGGCUUCCGAACACCGCAAACCCAGAAGUGACUGUUCUGGUUUCCGAACUAUUUUUGGAAGCCGAACGGCUGACGGGGCUUCCACGGCUUCCGAUUGGCUGCAGGAGCUUCCUGAAGCCAAUCAGAAGCAGCACUUUGGUUUCCGAAUGUUUUGGAAGUCGAACAGACUUCCAGGACAGAUUCCAUUCAACUUCCAAGGUAUGACUGUACUCCCUGCUCUAAAUAAAAAACAUAAGAACAUAAGAAAAGGGAGGAGUAUAGGAAAGAAGGAAUAUUUUAAAAAAGGGUUUAAACUCAACCCAGUCGAGCUUUGUGUUAAGUUGUGGGUGAACAUAUCAGACGACACAGCGAUUCUUCAAACAGCUCUUGUUUAUUCAGAGGCCAGAACAGAACUGAACUUAAGGAUUCAACCAGCCUGCCUAUAUAGAGCUCCAGUACAACGUAACUGUAACAACUUUCUGUAACUAUCCAAUCACUGAAUGUUACUUUCGAUCCCUUAUUUGCAUAUGUGGACCUGAACUAUCUACAGUAUCCCCUGCUGGCCCAGGGUGAGAACUUCAGUACAUAACACUUUGCUUACUUUGGAAUGUAGUGUCAGCUCUUUUUAAUUUUAUUUGCUAAAAUGCAGUUGGGGUACACUUUCAGCCCUCGAAAACUGAGCAGAAACAGGUGCCGCCUCUUUGUGAUGAAUGGAGCAAAACCUUCUUUCCCCCUCCUCUUUCUGCCCUUCUCUCCAUCCACCCCCUUCCCUCAAGAAGCCUCCAGCAUCCAAACAUAUUGCAAUGCCUCGGCCUGUGCACAGAGACCAUCCCUUUCCUGCUCAUCAUGGAAUUCUGCCAGCUGGUAAGUAUACUUAAGCCGAGAGAUGAAUUUGGGUGGGAAAACACAAGAGGGAUAGAUUGCUCUUGCCAGGGGUCCAAACAGAUCGCUGUGGGGAGCGGCGGGAAAGCUUCUCCUAACAUCACUCUAUCUGUUUGGCCAUAGCUGCCAAGUGUCCCGGAAAAAAAGGGACAUUCUGUUUUUUCACAUGAGGUUGGGGAAUUUGCUUGGGUCUGUAGGAAACUUUGUGCUAGCUUCGCUGACUUCGCUCACCAACCCUUUUCUCGCCCUGUGUUCCUCCAGGGAGAUCUGAAACGUUACCUUCGAGCUCAGCGCAAAGCAGACGGGAUGACCCCUGACCUGCUGACCCGUGACCUCAGCACACUACAGCGCAUGGCUUAUGAGAUCACUCUGGGAGUGCUACAUUUGCAUAAAAACAACUACAUCCACAGGUAGACCGGAGACCACGAUCCUUGGGUUGUUCAGGAAAUGUUGAGCUGUAUGGAGCUGUGUAUGGUUUAAGCUCUGGAACUCAAAGGGUUUUGCUGAUGAAUAUGAAUUUUAAUGAUUUGAAAUGUAGCGGGCCAUACUCCAGACGCGGGUGGCGCUGUGCUCUAAACCACCAAGCCUCUUGGGCUUGCCAAUCAGAAGGUUGGCAGUUCGAAUCCCUGUGAUGGGGUGAGCUCCUGUUGCUCUGUCCCAGCUCCUGCCAACCUAGCAGUUCGAAAGCACACCAGUGCAAGUAGAUAAAUAGGCAUCACUGUGGCAGGAAGGUAAAUGGCGUUUCUGUGCACUCUGCCUUCCAUCAAGGUGUGAGGUUGUGCCAGAAGUGGCUUAGUCAUGCUGGCCACAUGGCCUGGAAAGCUGUCUGUGGACAAACGUCGGCUCCCUCGACCUGAAAGUGAGAUGUGCGCCGCAGCCCCAUAGUCGCCUUUGACUGGACUUAACCGUCCAGGAGUCCUUUACUUUACUUUUACUUUACUUUACCUCUGAGAGGCAAAUUCAGUCCAGGUGAGUAUAGCUUGAGCAGGUCGGGGCAGAACAGAUGUGUGAACCUGCCUAUCUGCUGAGCUCUUCUGCUGAGGCCUUACUCGGAGUGUCUCACAUUUGAAGAUGAGGGGGGCAUCUAAAACAGGACUUUUUCUCUGGUGCCACCCAAAGUUGGGAAUGCUUUGUUGUCAUUCAGCAGAGCAGUUGUAACUGGGGUGGGGAGUGACAGGUAAGGGCAAAUUUUGUCUAUCUUCAUCUCAGCCUAUCUUGUUUUUCGUUUGUUUUUAAACCCCUCCAUAGGCUUCAGGGGUGGGAGAUUAACUAUGCCAGCACCAGGCUGGUAUAGCUGAUUAGCUUCAUUCUGGGAUUUUUGAGGGGGAUGGAGAGGCUUUGUAUCCAGGGCCAUUCCUGCUCUGCCCGCCCCUGACAAGAAUGCAUCAUUUUACCAAUGGAAUUACUGUUUUACACCAUGGGAUUUCCCAUGGCAUUCAGGGGAGACUUGGUUUGGCUCCCUGCAACAGAAAAACUCCUAUCCGCCCAAAGAAGGGCACGUCUUUCCCCCUCCCUAUCUCCCUCCAACCAGUGGACCUGGUCUUGUAAUGGUGUCCAUUACAAUUUUUUUCUACUGAUUCCCCCCCCCCCCAUUUAUCCAAGCUCUUGGUGGCACCUGAUUAGUUAGUGCUGUUCUGUUUAGUUUGGGCCAAUUGGCUGCAUUAAAUUAAAUAAAUAGAAAGGGAAAGCUGGUGAAGAAAGGUGCUCUUUACUCUCUCUCUCCAUCCCCUGGCCCACCCACCUCCAAGCCACCCUUACUGGGUAUUUUUCUAUCCCUCCCUAGUGAUCUGGCCCUUCGGAACUGCUUGCUGACCUCUGACCUCACAGUGCGGGUUGGAGACUACGGCCUGUCGCACAACAACUACAAGGUGAGGGGCGGGGCCAUCCAUGCCACAAGGCCCUUGCAGGUAGAUUGAAAUGUGUUUGCCUGUUUGCCUGUGUCUGGUGACAUCAGGUUUUUUGGGGUGAUCCUCCUGCAUAAUUUCCAAUCAGCACAUAUAUAGUAACUUUCUGCUGAAAUCCCUUUUGCUAUCACAAAGGAUCUGGUUUAUUUUUGUCCUGCUUUUGUUGUUCUGUAGCCCCUCUGGGCAGCAGUAAGGGGGUAGCAUUGAGGAAGCACCACAGAACAGUUAAUAAAGCAGACUAAAUCCAUCAGUAAAUGCACCAAUAUUGUGUCAGGGACAUAUUGUGGAAUAUACCCACAGAAAGACACCUGCCUGGAAAGGCUCAACGCCCCUGUUUUCAUCUGUGAAGCUUUGGAGAGUCUGCAUCUCCAGCCCUGUUCCACCCAUUCCUCAUAUCUGUUCAUAGGAAGACUAUUACAUCACUCCGGACCGGCUCUGGAUCCCUUUGCGCUGGGUUGCCCCGGAACUGUUGGAUGAGAUGCACGGAAGCCUCAUUGUGGUGGAUCAAACCAAGCAGAGCAAUGUCUGGUGAGUUGCAAAGAGCCACUCACACCCCACGCACCUGUGCUUGAGGGAAUUCACAGCGCAACCCUAUACAGUGGUACCUUGGUUCUCAAACUUAAUCCAUUCUGGGAGUCCGUUCGUCUCCUGAAACCAUUCAAAAACCAAGGCGCACUAGAUGUUCGGCUUCCGAAAAACGUCCGCAAACCAGAACACUUACUUCCGGGUUUGCGGCAUUCUGGAGCCGAUUUGUUCGGCAACUAAGCCGUUUGGGAACCAAGGUUUGACUGUAUGUCUAUUCAGAAGUAAGCACCACCAAGUUUAACAGGGCUUACUCCCAGGUAACUGUGCACAGGAUUUCAACCUUAGUUUGCAUUUUUGCACGCCUAGAUCCAAUUGGGCUAGAGCUGAAACAAACUUGGUUUUAAAAUCCUUAAGGGAAUGCUCCGAACUUUGCUUACAAAUAUUAAAAUUUAUAUCCACCAUGUUCAGUGGUGGGGAACCACUGGCCAGUGGGCCUGAUUAAGCCCAGCAGGCCUCAUAUGACUCAUGAGGCUGUUUCUGCUGAGUCAUGACCAUCUGCCCUAUGUCAGGUGUAAAUAUGUAGUAAUGUGGGGUUUACAGGCACCCCACGCCAGCUGAUCUGUGCUUUUGCAAAAGCUGAUCAUCAGUACUUUGCCUGGCUGUGUGCCUUCAAAGCACAUUUACAGGCACUCUUUGGUGUCAAACCAUAUCUGCAAACUUGACAUUUUCCCUCUUCAUUUGCAAGUGCAGUCUGACUGCAACCCUCCCUGUAAAGUAACUUCAAAGGGCAUUCUUUGAAGAUGUACUGUCAGCCUCAAACAGCUGAUUGGCGCUAACACCAUUCCUUCAAAGGAGCUCACACUCAGUAUCCAUCAGCUGAUUGGUGCUGAGAGUGAGCCUUUUCCAAGUGGUUACCUGAUGUUAUGACAUCAGGUGAUUGACAGGUGGGCACCCACUAGUUUAAAAAUUGACCAGCAGGGGGUGGGGGGGGAGAUAAGGGAUCCAGCUGGAUCCAGCUCAAUUCUGGCCUAGUUGAUUUGAAAUUUUAAAAUAACAUGUCUAGUUUAUUGAUGCUCUUUUCGUUUAGGGAUUUUGUGAGAGGCUGGGAGCCUUAUUGCUGUUUCACUUCUGCUCUGAUUUCUGGUUGUGUUAUUUUGUUGUUGUGUGCUGCUGUGUGAUAAUGUACGGUUGGCCUCUCUGUGGUCCCACUGAGAGAAAAAGGCAGGAACAAAUACAAGAAAACAAACAUACACAUAAAUAAACCAACCCAGGGUAUAGAAUUUUCAAUCUGGUAUGUUAAUACCUUAUAUUAUUUCAUUUAACACUCUUAGAAUAAUUUAUUGUUAAUGCCCCUCAAAAACCAACAUUUGCAGUCUUGAAAUUUCAGACUUCUUUUUUUUUAAGGGUUAAAUUUGUAUUUUCUUUGUACAGGGAAAAUGGUGCCUAGUGCUACCUGUAAGCUCUCAAUACUGUCGUGUUCCUUUCCAUCAGGUGUGAGGAACCUCUGGCCCUGCAUAUCUUGCUGAACUACAGCUCCCAUCACCUCUGACCAUUGGUCAUGCUUGCUGGGUCUGAUGGGAGUUGUAGUCCAUCAGCAUCUGGGAGGGAGGGCAAAUUUACCACUGCUUUACCCCUAAGGAGUGGGAGAAAGGGGAAGGCUGUGGUGUUGCAGACAUUUAGGAAACGUACUAUGUGUAUUCUCAGAGACAUCUUAAUCUUCAGCUGUUCUAAGACUCAACCCUAGGUAUUGUACUUCAGUGAUACAGCCUCAGCCACAGGAAUCAACUCCUAGGGGCUGAGGUCCCUUUGUCCACUCCCAAAUAAAUUAUUCUAAGAGUAAAUAAAUAAACUGAGGGAGCCCUCAAAUAAAUUGUUUGAGGACUCCCUCAGUUGAUGGGCAUUGCCAUUCAAAUGGUGUGUGAUCAAUUAUGUGGGAUGGGGCUUAUCUGGGCCCCCCAAUAUUUUAUUCAGGUUGGCACCCCUGGCUCUGCCUCGCAUGCAGAAGCUAUCAGGUUUGAACCCCAGUGUCUCCAGGUGAGCCUGGGAAAAUCUCCUCCCUGACACCUGCUGCCAAUCAGACUAGAGGAUACUGAGCUAGAUGAGCCAAUGGUUAGACUCCGUAUAAGGCAGCUCCCUGCUUUCCUGAAACAAAUCCCUGGGCUGCCAUUUCCUUCAGUGUCUGGGCUGGGAUUCUUGGUUUUGUGGGGUUAAGCAAGAAAGGGUAAAAGGGGUGGGGUUAUAAGGCCUCACCUAUGGCAUCUGCAGUGAUUUUCUUCUUUGUUUACUGCUUGCCCUUCUCUGGAGUCCAUAGUUCUGGGCUUAAUCUCUCUGUUCCCUUUGUUUGCCAGGUCUAUGGGGGUGACCAUCUGGGAGCUUUUUGAGUUUGGCUCCCAGCCUUACCGUCACCUCUCUGACGAGGAAGUGCUGACCUUUGUCGUCAAGGAGCAGCAGAUGAAACUGGCCAAGCCACGCCUUAAGCUUCCUUACUCUGACUAUUGGUGAGUUGAUUCUCCUCUUCUCCCUCCUGUCCCCCAUAAGGGGAAAAAAAAGUAUUUGUUGUCCAGGACUCUCCUCCAAAGAAAGCAAGGCCCAUCAGCUGGGAUACCUUCUUCCCGAGUCUCCUCCAUCCUUGACAUCUGUUUGGUGCCUCCUGAGCAGCUAGUGACUUGGGAGUGGCUGCUGCCCUGUGCAUUAAGAUUGUUCUUGUCCUCCUAACGUUCUUUCAUUCUUCCCUCUCUGUGUUCCUUCAACUAUUCCUCCGCCUGCCUGCCCAUUUCCCUCCUUGCACUGUCAUUCUGCCAGGUCUUCCUCUGAUUGUGUGACGUACCUUUUCCUUGCCUGCUCUUCCAGCUGCACUGGUGGUCUGUGAAUCAAAUUCCCUCCUUCCAGAUUUGUAUUUUCAGACCAUUCUUCUGGCAACUUUUCCAGUUGGUUGUCUGUUUUUUGGGUUAUGGAUCUUCUUUUGGAUGUUGUUCAUAUCCGUAUAAGGACAUAUCUACACUACAGGCUUAUUUGUAACUUUUAUUCAAUAUUAAGCAAAGUUUUAUAUAGCGAAGAGAGAGAGUCCCCACCAUCCCCAACCACAAGAUGUAUGUUCGUGAGUAGGGAUGGCGGGAGAAAUUAGAUUCAGUUCACAUUUGAAGGUGAAUCUAUCGCACUUUCCUGAAACAAUAUGUGAACUGAAACGCAGGCAUCUUUUGAAGUUUGAAAUUUUGCGAUGCAGUUCUCCAGCCAAACUAUGUUUUACAAAAUGCACAUAUUAAGAAAAGCUGUGCCUAAAAGUGAAUGUAUUCGUGAAAAUAACACACAAAAAUACAUCAUAACUGGGGGAAACGCUUGGCGAAAACGUGUAUAUUAGGCAUAAAUUGCAUUAUGAAACAUGAGUGUAUUAGGAGAAAUUUGCACCAAAAUGCUGAUGAAUUUUUGCGAGGAUUAAAAAAAUAUCAAGUGAUGUGGAAGUGGGGAAAACUGAAGACUGGAAAAAUGAGAAAUUCCAACUGUUGCCUUUUCAUGUCUGCUUGUUGUUCUGACUGUGUCUGCUAAGGCUUCCAAUUGGCUUUCCGACUGUUCUCUGCCCCACAACCCAUCUCCUGACAGUUUCUCCACAUAUCACUGCCCAUUCUAGUACUCACGCCUCCUUUAGCUUCUGCCUCUUUUUCUGUCUCCAACUCUAUUCGCAGUGCCUGCGACCAUCUUUUCUGCAACUCUAUUAUUAUUAUUAUUUAAAAAUGUUCCCGUUCCCUAUCCCCACCCCCAACUGUUCUCUCAGGCUAUCUCCCCCCCACAACUGUUUCCCCCCUCCUGCUCCUAUUUCUGCCUGUUUUUCCGACUGUUCCUCUAUCCUUCCUCCGUCCCUGCCCCGCUGCAGGUAUGAGGUCAUGCAGUCCUGCUGGCUCCCGGCUUCCCACCGCCCAACCAUGGAAGAGCUGCACUUGCAGGUGAGCUACCUGUUGAACGAGCGCUCCAACGCUCAGGCGGAGGAGAGCUUCGAGUGGCGCUGGAGCGCCCUGAAACCCAAGCGGUCCUCUUCGCCGCCCCCGGCCUCCUCUUCUUCCUCGGCGUGCCACCGGCGCCCCUCGGGAGAGAUUUCGGCCUACCCGUUGCUGGACGGGUUCCACGGCGGCGACAUGGACGACAUCCUGACAGUGACAGAGAGCAGUGGGGGGCUGAACUUUGAGUACAUGUGGGAGAAGGCCCGCCUGGGGCGGUGGAAGGGCCCUGCCUCGGCACCGCCCGACUACCCCUCCAGCAACGGCGGGCUGGCAGUGCCGGGCAGCAAUCCUUUCUACGAACAGGCAGCGCAGCGUGGGCACAGCCUGGAGACACCCAGCGUCGUGCCCGUCAUCAGCGCCCGCAGCCCUUCGGUCAGUAGCGAGUAUUACAUCCGCCUGGAGGACCAUGGCAGCUGCGAGGGGCCCGUCUGCGCCCCCAGCCCUGGAUCCCCACCCCAGCCUCUCUUUCCCUCGGAUUGGGACUCCCACAGCGCCCCCUACCGGCCGCAGGAGCAGCCCAGCACCAACCCCUUCUUGGCCGGGGGUGGCGGGGACAGCAACCCCUUCCGCGUAGACGGCGAGAUCCAGGAGACGUCCCUGACCGAGACCCCGACGUCGGGGGGAGAGGCGUUCCUAGCCGAGUCCCUUCUCACAGUGUACCGUGAGCUGGAGGACCAGCAUCGCAGCUGGGAUGCUGAGAUGAUGGAGGAAAGAGGGGCAGGGGAGACGCUGGCCGGGGACCCCUCGGAGUUCCAGGGUUCGCCCUCGUGGGAACAGGAGCCGUCGCUGAUGGAGGACCAGAGCUCUGGCAGCAGCACCGACGGGGGCGGGAGCAGCAUCGGGGGCGGGCGCCACAACCUCCUGCCGUGCCCGCUGUGCACCCGGGCACGUUGCACGUGUGCCAUCCCUCGGGGGGACAUGGUGAGUGGCUGGAGCAACCACGGGCCGCCCCUGCGGCGCCCUCACCGCGACAGCUACGGCACGGAGGACGACUCCUCGCUAAAAGUGGAGCGGGGUUCCCUUUCUGACUGUCCAAUGCUGCCCCCUAGAGACUGCGAUGGGGAUGGCGGGGAGCGCAGAGAAUUCUACGACCCGCUGAUGGGCACGGCGGUGAAGACCUAUGAGCUCCAAGACUACCCGAAGCAGAGAGGCGGGGGGAGCGCUCGCCCACCUGGGUCACCCUUCCCAGCCCUGCCGUCUGGCUGCUGCAAUGUGAUUGUUCCGGUGGAGAUACCGCCAUUGUCUACCCUAGCCGAAAGCAACGAUGAGGAGACCAUCGCGAUCCUCCCGGAAGUCAUCGAUAGAUUCUCCACUGGCCCAGUGACCUUAAGCCUCUCCCCCGCGGUACCAGAUCGGCAACGGGGAACCCUAGACUCAGUGGAUUCCUUGGACAUUCCUUCCAACACCAGCUCCUCGGACGUCUGCAGCCCAGCAUCCUACUACUCCUCUCCAGGGCAAAAGUUUGGCGACAGCGGCUACGAAACGGAGAGCACUUUCUCACCCGAGUUCAUCUUCAAAGAGGAACCGCCACCGCCACCUUCUGGAGAAGAGGAAGAAACAGAGGCAGAAGAAGAUUCCGGCAAACUCCCAACAGCAUCCAUCUCUCAGUCCACUAGUGAUCUUACCUUGUCAGUAAGUGAAGAAGGGGCGGAGCUAGAGGAGGAAAUAGGGAGGAGCCUGGGGCUAGCAACACCUCACCGGGACUCAGCCUACUUCUCUGACGGGGAGGGAGAACCGGCUGAGGCACCGGCUGCUGCUGGGCCUGAGGGCAGGAAGCCCACAGAGAAGGUGACAGUAGAUGGAGGCUUUGUGGUCCAAGUGUGCAAGGAGCAGCUGUUGGUCACACUGCAAGAGAAUGUCACACGCAACCUACUCUGUAGUCAGAGUAGGCUGCCGACUCUGAGGCUUUCUCCAGCGGCUCCCUUGAAGGAGCAGGCUGUUCUCAGGCUGUGGACCUUAGAGCCAGAGGAGGGGAAGGAGACGGAGGAGGAAGAGGCCAAGAAAAGCCAUAAUGGAGAUGCAACGGACUCCCAGUGGCCAGAAGGUGUGGAAGAUAAAGUGGAGGAAGAGGAGGAGGAGGAGAAGCAGCAGCAGCAGCAAGAAGAGGGAAGAGGAGAUUCUGAAAAGUUGCCGUCAGAGCUGGAGGAGGAGGAGGAGGAGAAAAGGAAAGAAGGGGAGAUACCAAGCCAGAUGGAGACCCAAAGUGUAGCAGUGCCCAUCGUGGUCGAAACACAGGAUACUGCCCAGGAAGACAGAUAUGUAGCAGCUGAGCAGCCCAAAAAGGAUCAGGAACCUGGCGUCCCUGUGAACCAAGCCAGUGAGGAUAUCAAAGGUGAAGGUUCCAUCUGUGAUUGGUGUGGAAGUAAGAACAAAGGGUUGGGAUGUUCCUAGAACAAACGGGGGAAGGAGAAGCCAGCUGGGGGACGGUGGCUUAACCUAUAGUCUAAUUGCUGAUUGGCAGUUACACUGCGUGUCUUCAAGCCCACCAGCUGAUCGGCGGCACUUGCAAAGCCCUGUUGUGCCUUUGUACACGUCAACAAUCAGCUGAUCCGUGGGCCCUUGCAAGUGGUGCCCACAAGCACUGCCUCGCUAUGUCUUUCCCUGCCUCACUCCUGGCACCAUAGAUGAUCUCAGGAGUAGGGCAGGUGGGUGUGGCUUAACAAAAAAUGUUGCCAUUGGACAAAUGGGAAGACCUGCCAGAACUAAUUAGACCCACAGGUCAGGUUGUGUGUGUGUGUGUGUGUGUGUGUGUGUGCUGUUUUGGAUGCUAAGGAUAUCUAUGUGCAAAAACAAUCAGUAUCAUAAUGUAUUCAUAUAAAUCUGUGGUGUGGCUGCAUUAGGGAAUGCAUUUGUGUACAGUAUGGUAAUGCUGACAAGGAGAAUACUAAUAACAACAACAACUUUAUUUAUACCCCACCCAUCUGGAUGGGUUUCCCCAGCUGCUCUGUGCAGCUUCCAGCAAAAUAUAAAAACAUAAUCAAACAUGAAACAUGAAAAAAUCCUGAUACAGGGUUGCCCUCAGAUGUCUUCUAAAAGUCGUAUAGUUCUUUAUCUCCCUGACAUCUGAUGGGAGGGCGUUCCACAGGGUGGGCGCCACUGCUGAGAAGGCCCUUUGCCUGGAUAGAUACAUUUGGGUAGAAAUUCUAGGGACGUGUUCUUAAUGAAGUAACCCUCUCUUUCUGUCUCUCUCAUCCCAAUCCUUCCAUCCUCACCUUGCUUCCGUACCAUUUGGUCUUCUUGACUUCUGAAUCUUGGCUCUUCGACCCAAUCACUCCUCCCACCUCCUGGCCAUCCUUCCAUUUUGACGUCUGACUGUUCCCUCCAGCCAAGCUCUCCCGCUUAUCUCUGUCGCUUCCCCCUCUGGCCUUGCAGACGUUCCCCCCGCUUGGCGGGGGAAGGAAAGGGCCCUUCUGGGAAGGAGCGGCUUUGGGGGAGGGUCCAGCGCUGGGAGGGAGAGAGGCUUCCAUAGCGGCAGAGGAUGAGGAGGAAGAUGAUGCUGAAGAGGAAGAGGAAGGAGGCCUGGCUGGAGGCGGAGGGCGGGGUGUCCCCAUUGUGGUGAGCGAAAGCGAUGACGCCCGUAACUUGCGUGGCCUCCUCAAGUCACCACGCUCAGCUGAGGAGGCGGCGGCUGAGCUCGACCGUAAGCGGAAGAUGGUCUCCUUCUUUGAUGAUGUCACCGUUUACCUCUUUGAUCAGGUGAGCUGUCAAGAGCACCAAGGUUGAUGGUGUGAAAGUUUGGCCACAGUGAGGUGAGAAGGGCUUCUUUCAGUUCCCUCCUCUGUCCUCCUCCCCUCAGCCAUCUUGGCUCUACUCCCCUCUUUCUGUUACCACUCCUAUUUUGAGGUGUCUUCUUACUAAGCACUCCACACUUAAGCUCCCUUGUCUACCCACAGAGCAUUCACGCCCUCUUGGACCUGGUUUAAUCCAAGCCAUACUGACCUUUCACUUUCCCUCACACAAACUGUUAGCCAACAUUCCGUAGGCAACAGAUUCCUAAAUAGUUCAGCGAGUUAGUGAAUAUUCGGUGAUAUAGAGCAAUAGUGGAAAAUAUAUUAUGCACAGGUAGCAGGCAGCAGCCCAUAUUUAAUUGUGGUAGGAAUGUCAGAAACAAAUUGAAAGUGGGAGGAGCUCUACCACAAUCUCUUGUCUUCUUCUGUAUGCAGGAGACACCAACCAAUGAGCUGAGUUCCCAGGGAGCUCCAGAUGGUGAUUCCCCCUCCCCUGGUUCAAUGGCAGAACCAGGACUUGAUGCCUUCCCUUCUGCUGAUGGCUUCAGUGAGUAUUGGGUCAAGGAGGAGAGAGUAAGUGGGAAAUAGUCGCCAUCCCCAUCAGGAAUCUGAAAUGCAGAAUGAGCCAGUCCAGCUGUGUAGCCAAAGAAACAGUAACCUGGUCACUUCAGUCAGUGCUUGGUGUGAAAAUAUGAAAUGAGUUUCAGGAAAAUGUCCUGGCUUCCAGGGGAAGGUGGCUUCUAAGUGCGGAGGGUGAGGGGUAGGUUGUGACGGGGGCAUGGUCCAAAACAGACAAGGUCCACUUCUAAAGUAAGGCCAGGAUUUGAAGCAUGAGGCUGAGCUCAAGAGGAUGCUGAUGGAGAUCAAAAGGGCCAGAGCAGGGGUAGCCAGUGCAGAGGCCUUCAGAGGUGGCUGGACUCCCAACUCCCACCAACCCAAGCCAACAUGGCAGAUGGCCAAAGUUGGUGAGAGCUGUACUUCAAGAGCAUAUGGCUGUCCAACUGUGUUGUUGGGCAUGCUAGUCUGCCAUUGGUGGGUUGAGGGCAAGGAGGUACAGCAGAGGCAAUUUGGCUGAAGGCAGGCUGGGGCCAUCUUGUUAUUUCGCUAAUGUACUUCAGCGUUGUGGAAUCUGUGGCCUUCCAGACUUUAACUCUUUUCAUUGGCCAUAAGGGCUGGGGCUGAUGGGAGUUGGAGCCUAACUACAUGUGGGGGUUCCUCAUCCUUGGUGCAUUUAUUGUGGCAUAUUAGCAACCAUGUUUUGUUUUGUUUAGUUUUUGAAUUAAGGUUUUAACAACAGCACCAAAACCACUUUGUUUUCCUUUUAUUAAAAAUAAAAAUAAUCAAGCGAUAUAUAAAUUUUCUGAAAAAACAAACAAAAAGAAAAGAGAAGGAUUAUAAUUAAAAUAAAAACCUACAGGAUUACAGGCUGUGGCUUUCUUCUCCCAGCCAUUUCAUUAGGAUCUAAGUUCAACUAAUGGGGUAGUAUAGAUUCUACCAAGUGUUUUGAAAGCAGGUGUUACCAUACAGUGCGACUGCCUUGAAAGAUGGUGGACUUCCCUUCUUUAGAGGCUUUUAGGCAGAAGCUGGAUCAGGAUGUUUGCAAAGGAGUGGUACAGUUGUGGGUUUCCCACAUUGGCGGGGUUAAGCUAGAUGGCCUUUGAGGUGCCCAGCACCAGCUUUAGGAUUCUGUUCUCUUUCCACAACCUUAAAAGUAAGCCAGCUUCAGAUGUAUUAGUGAAGUGUGUGCUUCCUGUAUUAAUUCUGAUCCAGUGCAAUUUGGCUAACAGAACUUCGGGAAAUAUUGCCAGGGUGUGUUUUGUGUUGAAUUUUUUUUUUAAAUUGAAUCCAUGAAUAGUUUAUUUUUAGGAGAUAAACUCCUAAAAGAUUUCUGCUUGAAAGCACACAGUCUAAAAUUGUCACACUCAAUAAGGCAGAUGGUAGCACAGAGCCUUCUUGGUUAUUAAAAAUGGAUUCAGGGCAGCUUUGUGCCAUAGCACAAAUGAAGUGAAGACAGGAUGCGCAAGUGAUUCCAUUUAUUUUUGUUUUAGGACGUUUCUACUCUGCUUUCUGUGGCCCCGCCGCCACACCCUGCAAAAGGCCUCCGAGGCAGCUUCAAGACUAAAACACACAUGUAUAUACAAACAAAUAAAAACGAGAAAAAACAAAUAUAGUACACGAAUUAUCUCAUUGAAAUAGCAGAACAGGAACAUAGCAGACUGCCUUAAACCGAGUACAGUGGUACCUCGGGUUAAGUACUUAAUUUGUUCCGGAGGUCUGUUCUUAACCUGAAACUGUUCUUAACCUGAAGCACCACUUUAGCUAAUGGGGCCUCCUGCUGCCACCACACGAUUUCUGUUCUCAUCCUGAGGUAAAGUUCUUAACCUGAGGUAAUAUUUCUGGGUUAGCGGAGUCUGUAACCUGAAGCGUAUGUAACCUGAAGCGUAUGUAACCCGAGGUACCACUGUAAGGCCUUUGGUCCAUCUAGCUCAGUAUUGCCCUCACUGACUGGCAGCAGCUCUCCAGGGUUUCAGGCAUUUCCCAACACUUCUUGGAAGACAACGACCAUAAAUAUUCUGAGAAGUAUUGCUACAUAACCAUGUUUCAUUGUUUCCAGGGACUGUCAGGGGCUGGGGGAAAGGGGUGUGUGUGCAGCCUCAUCAAGACUGCCUUUCUGCCAUGUUUUAUCUCUGUGCAUGUCAGCACCGGAAAGCGUGUGUGUGUGUGUGUGUGUGUGUGUGUGUGUGUGUGUGUGUGUGUGUGAGAGAGAGAGAGAGAGAGAGAUGAUGCCAAUCAAACCAAGGGAACAGGCUGGGAGAGGCUGUUUUCCUUAUCGCUUCAAUCUAGGCCUCCUUCCUACCCUCCCCGUUCUUCCUUCUCCACUCAGGUGGCAGUUUUGAGUGGGAUGAUGACUUCCCCCUGAUGGCUCAGAACCCAUCCUACAUCUCCGUGGUGCCCGACCCCAACGCAGCCAAGCCCCACCCGGUCAUGUCCUCGCCUGUGCCCAUGGCCCCUGCCUUGCUGCCAGCAGCCAAGCGGGCUGAGUCCGGCCUUGUGGAUGCCCUGAGGUUCUCUCGCUUCACCGUCUCUCCUGCCCUUGAGCCACACCUUUCUUCAUCCUGUGACACCGAAUUGGGACCCACGGCUGGUAAGUGGACGCAUGGAUAUGGAUGCACAUGGUUCUUAUCCAUGGAGUGGGGCUGAUGGGCCAUGGCUGCGUAUGUGCCAUAUAUCUUCUCCCCAAAGAUCCUGAAAAUUGUAAUUUUGUAGCUGGAAUUGUACCUUAUCACUUCCUUUGUCUGCCUUGGCAGGAAGCUGUAAAGCUACACACUUCCUUCCUGCCUGGGCAGCCUGCUUUUCUUCAGCGUGCUGACCACACAUGCAUACCUGAGCUCUGCAGCUCAGACACCAUUUUUGAACUUACAUUUCAUACUUUUGUAACUUAGUAGUUAUAAACCUACCUUCAUUUUGCUACUAAAAUUGCUGCUUCAAGACCUAGGCUAUGUAAGUAAAUACCACUUUUAUUUGUUCACAAAACAAUGUGCGUGUGUGAUUGUUGUUGCUAAGGGAGAGAAAGGGGUAUAUUACCAGAGAAAUCCAGUCAGCCUUAAAGCAUCCUGGGUUAUUGUUUCUAGGAGGUUAAAGCAACCUUGUUUUAGUCUCCAAGCUUAAGCUGUAAAGUAUGGCACUCAUGUGAGUUAGGAAAGAAUAAUCACAAGCAUAUUAUCCUCUCCUAGGGUUUAAAUCCAUUCCUACACGUGGUGGGUAAACUACAGUCCAUCCACUGGUACAGACUUUCAUGUACAACAAUGUGAAAAUGUAAUGUGAAAUGCAGUAGGGUGGAGUGAGGUGACCUGGUUUUAAGUUAAUAAUGUGUUAAAAGAAGCCUUUUUUCCCUUCUCCCAGAUCCCAUUGAGAACUGA